AUGGGCCUACUCAGCUCCGAAGCCGCGCUCCGGCUCACGGUGGUGCUCUUGCCAGUCCUUGUCAUCUAUUGGCUCCUCUAUCCAUGGUACUUUUCGCCCUUGCGCAAAAUCCCAGGCCCUUGGUAUGCCGUGUAUACAAAAUGGUGGCUGGUCUAUAAGACGUGGCGAGGUGUCCGUGCAAAGACCAUCCACGACCUUCAUCUCAAGUACGGGCCCUGGGUGCGUGUCGCCCCGGACGAGAUAUCGACAUCGGACAGCAAGGCGAUAGCACCCAUCUAUGGCGUCAACUCCGAGUUCACCAAGACGGCCUUCUACACGUACCAGCUGCGAGGCAUACCGGAGCUUUUCACCAUGUCCGACCGAAAGGCGCACGCGAAGCGACGCCGCGAGCUGGCGCACCUGUUUUCCAUGUCCACAAUCACCGAAUACGAGGAUAUCAUCGCAGGGAAUGUCCUCGAAUGCAUGAACCUCAUUGCCGCAGAAGGCAAGGCCGGCAGGGCCAGCAAUCUUUAUGAUUGGUGGCACUAUCUGUCCAUGGACAUCAUCUGCGAGCUCUCCUUCGGAUUGGGGUUCGACAUGCUUCACAAGGGAGCAGUCAACCCCUAUAUCCAGGACAUGUACGGCUCGCUGACCAUCGAGCCCAUCCGGUGGCACUUUGGGUGGCUGAAUCGGUACGCAAGCUGGGCACCCUUCAAAUUUGUCCGGGACGCCGAGGCCUGUAGCGUCCGUGGGUUCGAGAGGGGCACCAAGAUUGUGCAAGAAUACAAGAGGAAAGAGGACAAAGGCCAACGCAAAGAUCUGCUGCAGAAGAUGAUCAACGCGCGAGACGAGAACGACCAACCCCUGCCGGAAGACGACCUCAACAUCCAAUCCACGAGCUUCAUCCUCGCGGGCUCCCACACGACGUCGUCCUCGCUGACCUGGAUCGUCUGGCGCAUCCUUGCGAACCCGGAGAUCCACCAGAAGCUGAACCAAGAACUCGACGACGCUCUAGGGACCAAAGACCGCCACGCGGUUCCACCACACUCCAAGCUCGACAACCUCAGCUAUCUCAACUGCAUCAUCAAGGAAGGGCUCCGGAUCGACACGUCGGUGCCAGGCUCGACGCCUCGAUACGUGCCCCCGGAAGGCGCGGUGCUACUCGGCGACUACAAGCUCCCCGGGGGCACCAUCGUCUCGAUCCAAGCAUACACGACCCACCGACAACCCGACGUGUUCCCGGACCCGGACCGAUUCUGGCCCGAGCGGUGGCUGGACGAGACGCCGGAAAUGCGACACCUCUACGUCCCCUUCGGCGCCGACGGCCCGCGCAAAUGCAUCGGCAUCCACCUGGCCUACAUGGAACUGCGCGUGAUUCUCGCCGCCUUGUUCCACAGGUUUGAUCUCCGCUUCGCCGGUCCCGUCUCGGAUGAGAGUAUGGACAUGCACGAGCUGUGGCUCGCCGCUCCUGCGGGCCAGAAUCUCAGCGUCAUCGCCUCGGAGAAGGAGUAG